AUGACUGCCCCCGUUCCCCCUCGCCCCGCGCUGGGCCCCAGCCUGGGCUUCGAGGCCGUGCCCGUGCCUGUGCUCGUGCCCGUGCCUGCUCCGUCGACGCCGCGCUGCUCCUCGCCCUCGUCGUCGCGCGCCCAGGACGGCGAGAGCGGCGGCGACGAAGAGGAGAUAGGCCACAUCACAGGGACGAGCCAGGCAGCACCCCGGGCCGAGUCGGAUCGCUCGACGACGUACAGCUCGACACCGACGUCGACCGUCUAUUCGUCGGGCCACUCGUCGCCACGGUCCUCGUCGCCGGCACCGCCGCGCCCUCGGCCGAGCAGCGACAUGUACACAGGCGGCGGCGCAGUGCGGCUGUCGGUGCUGCUGCGCGAGGCAAUCGUGCCGCGCAUCGAGCGCCUCGAGACUGAGCACCAGCAGGCGCGCAGCGAGGCACAGCGGUACAAGGAGCUCUACACGGCGGCGGCGGCGGCAACCAUCGCGAGCAAAGUGCCCGCGAGACGGGCGAUCGACGGACGCAUCUCACGGCGCCAGUCGCGCCGCACGCUGCACGACACGAGCGACGACGCCGGCGACGAAGGCAAGCAUUCACCGCCGUCGAAGAUCGCCGGCGCACCGAUGAGGGCUAAUGGCGCACCGUCGAGGAUCCCCGUCGCCGUGCGCGCGCCGAAGCGGGCGGGUGUCGCUCCAGCUCCAGGCCACUCAGCCUUCCAGCGUCGCACAGGCUAGAGGGGCCACUCCGACACAGACCGGCAGACAGAGAGGCUCAAGGGAGGCGCACCAGCGACAGACACGAGGACAGGCAGGUCAGACGGACGGUCAAGGAG